AUGCCGGAAGCUCCCGAGGAUCAGUUUCCUCCGGCGGCGGUUGCGGCCGCAGGGGACGACAUACCGAGCUCACAUAAGACAGCCCUCCAGUUUAUAGAGGACGUCACGGACAACGCCGAUCAGGUCCAGCGCCGCGUGCUGUCCGAGAUCCUCGAGCAGAACUCGGACGCCGAGUACCUCCGCCGCCACGGCCUUGUGGAAUCGCGAGGAGCCGACGCCUUCCGGCGACUCAUCCCCGUCGUCACCUACGAGGAUCUGGAGCAAGACAUCCAACGCAUCGCCCAGGGAGACACCUCCCCGAUCCUCUGCUGUCGCCCCAUCUCGGAGUUCCUCACCAGGUGCUCCCACGUGAUAGAUGCCUUACAGCCAUUGCCGGCGAACUGAGCCUCUAACCGAGUUCUGUUUGACUGUACCGUGCGAGCAGCUCGGGCACAUCAGGCGGGGAGAGGAAGCUGAUGCCGACAAUACAGGACGAGCUGGAUCGGCGGUCGCUGCUGUACAGCCUCCUGAUGCCGGUGAUGAAUCGGUUCGUGCCGGGGCUCGACAAGGGAAAGGGAAUGUACUUUCUGUUCGUGAAGUCGGAGGCGAGAACACCUGGGGGCCUGGUGGCCCGCCCUGUCCUCACAAGCUACUACAAGAGCCGGCACUUCAUCGACCGCAAGCACGACCCUUUCAACGUGUACACGAGCCCCAACGAGGCUAUCCUCUCCACGGACUCCUUUCAGAGUAUGUACGCUCAGCUGCUCUGCGGCCUCGCCCAGCGCGAGGAGGUGCUCCGCGCCGGCGCCGUCUUCGCCUCUGGCUUCAUCCGCGCCAUCCGCUUCCUCGAGAAGCAUUGGCAGGCCCUCUGCCGCGACAUCCGCAAUGGCUCCGCCGACGCGAGCGUCGUCACCGACGCCUCGGUGAGGGCCGCGGUGGCGGGGGUGCUCCGGCGACCAGAUCCCGAGCUUGCCGCCAUCGUGGAGGGCGAGUGCGGGAGGGGUUCCUGGGAGGGGAUUCUAACCCGGCUGUGGCCCAACACCAAGUAUAUCGACGUGAUCGUGACGGGCACCAUGGCGCAGUACAUACCGACCCUGGAUUAUUACAGCGGAUCCCUACCGCUCGCCUGCACCAUGUACGCCUCCUCCGAGUGCUACUUCGGCCUCAACCUCGAGCCCAUGUGCAAGCCCAGCGAGGUCUCCUACACCCUCAUCCCCACCAUGGCUUACUUCGAGUUUCUUCCGGUCCACCGCAGCAAUGGUGGAGCCGCUGCCGACAAGCCCGACCUCAGAGAGCUCGUCGAGCUCGUCGACGUCGAGCUCGGCAAGGAGUACGAGCUCGUCAUCACUACUUAUGCAGGUGGUCGUCGAUAAAAUAAUUUUAUCGAGUUAGAAAAAUUAGUUUGCUGCAUUUUCAUUUUGCCAAAUUAGAAGGUUGAUUUAGUUUGCCAUCUGAUUCUUUUUUAUUUUUUUCCAGGGCUCUAUCGGUACCGGGUGGGGGACGUCCUGCGGGUGGUGGGCUUCAAGAACAAAGCACCCCGCUUCAGCUUCGUGUGCCGGAAGAACGUGGCGCUGAGCAUCGAUUCGGACAAGACGGACGAGAUGGAGCUCCACAGGGCGGUGGAGGAGGCAGUGGGGCAGCUCGAGCCCUUCGGCGCCUCCCUGGUGGAGUACACCAGCUACGCCGAUACUAGCACAAUCCCUGGCCACUACGUGCUCUACUGGGAGCUACAGCAGGGGGCGACGCCGGUGCCGCCCUCCAUCUUCGAGGAUUGCUGCCUGGCAGUGGAGGAGGCCCUCAACAGCGUCUACCGGCAGGGGCGAACGGCGGACAAGUCCAUAGGGCCGCUGGAGCUGCGGCUGGUGGAGGAGGGCACGUUCGAUAAGCUGAUGGACUUCGCCAUCAGCCGCGGGGCCUCCAUCAACCAGUACAAGGCGCCUCGCUGCGUCAAGUUCCCGCCCAUCGUGGAGCUCUUGAACUCCCGUGUCCGGUGCAGCUACUUCAGCCCCAAGUGCCCCAAGUGGGUCCCGGGCCACAAGCAGUGGAUCUCCAUCAAGAACAGCUCGGAUUAA